CACACACCCGCAGCACGGCUUUGUUUACAACUGGAAUUUGCUACUGUUAGUUUUUUGAAACAUGGCUGAAUAUUUGUCAGAUUUUGGGGUUGUGGACGACGACUUUGAAUAUGAUGGACAUCCUUACCGUUUUGAGCCAGAGUAUACGGAAGAGGAGCUCUUUGAAAGGAGGAUGGGGAGGCAGAGAGAGGAACAGCUGGCCAGAGAACAACAAACCGCUGCACAGCCGAGAACUGGUGGUGUUCUUGUGGACAAUGUUCCACUAUGCCAACAGAGGAGGAACGCCUUUGUUUCUCCGAGUGGGAUUUGAGGCCAGGAGAUACACGUCUGGAUGUCUCCAGAAAUGACUGUCUCACAACUACAGAGGAUUUCACUUCUAUGAUCAACUGGGCUGUUUUUUUCGUGUCCCGAAAGUAAACUGGAAGACCCAGCCAAAGCCUGCAGGACCGAACGGGCAACUUUCGAUUGACCAAUCGUCAUGUUGGAUAAAUUUGGGACGCACAGUGCCGGUGUGCCAGUCUCCAGCGCGGACCUCCAGCUCAAACUGACGGACAACAAGAGCAGCCUGGCUGCAGCAGGGAUAGGGAUGGAGAAUGGUACUGGGAAGAAACUCAUAGAGAUAACUGGCCCGGCAUUAUCCAAGAGAAAACUUCUGGUGGGCUUAGACCUCCUCUGCCUCUUCCUGGCUUCCAUCCCUUUCUUUGCGUGUGAGCUGAAGGCAGUGAGUCCUUACAGAAGGGGCUUCAUGUGCGGGGACCCCAGCAUCACCUACCCUUAUCUGCAUCGGGAGGCCAUACCAGACGAGUUACUCAUCGCCGGUGGCAUCAUCAUCACUGGCCUCACUAUCGCCCUCGGGGAGUGUUACCGGGUUCGUUUCAGAAGCGUCAGCUCCAAGGCCUUUGUGAGGAACCUGUAUGUGUCCUGUCUGUACAAGGAGCUGGGCUGCUUCCUGUUCGGCUGCUGCGUCGGCCAGUCGCUAACCAACAUGGCCAAGCUGAGUGUUGGGCGGCUGCGACCGCACUUCCUGUCUGUGUGUGGUGUCACCUAUGCAUCACUCAACUGCACACCUGGAACCUAUGUUGCAACAGUGAACUGCCGCCAGCCUGACCACCGGUUGGAGGAGGAGGCCAGGAAGUCCUUCUUCUCUGGCCACGCUUCCUUCGCGAUGUACACAAUGCUCUAUUUAGCAUUUUACCUGCAGGCGCGGCUGACAUGGCGCGGUGCUCGGCUGCUGAGGCCGGCACUCCAGUUCUUCCUAGUUCUGCUGGCAGUCUACACAGGUCUGACCCGCAUCUCAGACUACAGGCACCACCCGUCCGACGUGCUAACAGGCUACAUACAGGGAGCCCUCACUGCUUACUGGGUGGCCUUCCACAUCUCGUCCAUGUUUAAAAGCUCGACUUCAGACCUGUCUCCGACCGAGACCCUGGACAGCCCCUUGUCACCCCACCACACAGUCUGCUAAACCUCACCUCCACCAACCCCGCGUGUGCCAGCGUCCACCUGCUGCCUGUAGUCUAGUUUGAAUAGACAAGAGAUUUGAAGAAUGUGAGACCAUUUCCUGUGAAGUCAAACCACAUACCUCAGUAUUGGGACAGAGUGCGAGAGAGAGGGAGUCUAGCCUGUGAGAUCCUGUAUGUGGUUAAAAACAUAUGAACUGGGAGAAGGGAAGAGGGAGGGUGCUGAAAACUAUACUGGCUGCUCAGCUGGAGCAGUGUGUAAGCAGCCUGAGCACUCCACCUUUUGUCCUUGUGACUGACCUUAGCUUCACAUGUGAUACUUACCUGUGAGAUGAUACGACUGAAUCCUGAACACAGAGCAACCACUAUGUCACCUGUAAAUAUAUACAGAUUUUAUACAACUCGAAUGAUACUGUAAAAGCACUUUUUUUAAAUUUCAUGUUAGUAUUAUUAAUUACCACUUUGUAAGGAUUUGGUACGUAGUAUGUAAUAUAUUUUAUACAAACAUGUAAUAUAUGUUGUACUGUAGCAUUUUUUUUUUACAUAAACCCAGUGAAUGUAAUGGUGUUGGAGGAAAGCACAAAUAGCGAGAAAGCAACUCAUUUCCCGAAUGUGUUGUACCAUAUAGAUGUGGUAGGAUGUGUCCGUGCUUCUGUGUGUAGUUUAUUAUUGUUUAAUGAGAGAAUGACUAUGAGAAUGUCGAUAGAUAUAAUCCAUGUUUUAAAAGUACGGACGCCACUAGCUGUCAGACUUUUUUUAUAUAAUCCUAUGUAUGUUGCUAGACUACUUACCACUCCAAGAGCACUCAGAUCAUUAAAGAAAAUGUGAUUUUUAUUUUUUUUUUUAAAUCAUUGUCUCUUUAUGGUUGGUUUGUGAGUCUUGCUAAAAUACUAAUGUAACACACACAUUUUGAGAAAAACAUUUUUAAAUAUUA